CCUUGUCAGGUAAAUGGUGUUUCUUUCGGGCAGUUGCGGUUGCGAGUGUUUUUUUCUUUUACAUCUGGCGAAUCAAACAAUUGUCUCGAUUUGUCGCCUGUCUGCCAGCUAAGCGCUAGCUUGAAGGAGGAAAUUGAAGUGUACAGUUUGAAGCAGAAUACAAGGACUGAGAGUGGGUCAUCAGGCAGUCUCCCUAUGUCAAGCCGAAACGGGUCUGCAAGUGAUGCAGACUGCCGGAUAUUAGAGGACUGCAAUGUCCGGGAUGUUGAGCUAAUGGAGUUGGGACCACUGGUGGAGGAGGAAGGGGUUAGCCCACCAUCCUCCAAAGGUGUCCAUCCAGAGGGAGCAGCCAUGUUUACGGAUGAGGAUGAAGAUGAGGAUGACGAUGAGGUGGGAGAGGUUCUGACCUUACCCCUCCAGGCGCACCACGCCAUGGAAAAGAUGGAAGAGUUUGUACACAAAGUUUGGGAGGGGCGCUGGAGAGUCAUCCCUUUCCAUGUCCUGCCAGAGUGGCUUAAGGACAACGAUUACCUCCUGCAUGGUCAUCGCCCCCCCAUGCCUUCAUUCCGGGCCUGCUUUGGAAGCAUCUUCCGAAUUCACACCGAGACCGGAAACAUUUGGACCCAUCUGUUAGGGCUGAUAUUAUUCCUGUGUCUGGGCACGCUAACCAUGUUGCGACCCAACAUGUAUUUCAUGGCCCCGCUUCAAGAAAAAGUGGUGUUCGGGAUGUUCUUCCUGGGAGCUGUGCUCUGCCUCAGUUUCUCCUGGCUUUUUCAUACCGUCUACUGCCACUCCGAGAAAGUGUCCCGCACCUUCUCCAAGCUUGACUACUCAGGCAUCGCGCUCCUCAUCAUGGGUUCCUUCGUGCCCUGGCUGUACUACUCCUUCUAUUGUUCUCCUCAGCCGCGACUUAUCUACCUCACCAUUGUUUGUGUACUCGGCAUUGCCGCCAUUAUAGUGGCCCAGUGGGACCGGUUCUCGACACCUCGACACAGACCCACAAGAGCAGGCGUAUUUAUGGGUCUGGGACUUAGUGGCAUUGUUCCCACCAUGCACUUCACCAUUGAGGAGGGCUUUGUUAAGGCCACCACUGUUGGCCAGAUGGGUUGGUUCUACCUGAUGGGGGCCAUGUAUAUCACUGGUGCUGGUCUGUAUGCAGCCAGGAUCCCUGAACGCUUUUUUCCUGGCAAGUGUGACAUAUGGUUUCACUCCCAUCAAAUUUUUCAUGUUCUGGUCGUGGCAGCAGCGUUUAUCCAUUUCUACGGCGUUUCUAACCUGCAAGAGUUCCGCUACGGCCUGGAGGGAGGAUGCACAGAUGACACUCUUCUCUGAGCGGCCGAACUGUGACUUGUUUUCUUAAUAGCCCCCCCCGCAAACACCACACGCACACACAGAAACACAGUACAAAUGCUGCUGGAAUUCCUUAUAGUCACUUUUUGCUCGUUAUUUACUUCUGGUUUCCUCACUCGAUGUGAGGGCUUUGGUGGCUUUUGUUUUUCUGCUUUGGCUUAUUUUUGCUCCAAUAAAGUAGCAUUAACUGGCCAACGAGCGCCUGAGGGAAUUGUUAACCAUCACCGUUUUGUCAAUAAUGAAACUUGAAAUUUGCAAAUUAAGUAAUGAAUAUUGUACCUCCCUCUUAUUUGGGGUCCCUAACAUGUUGGCGUCAGUCUGACAGCAUGCGGUAAAGGGUAAGAAGAGUAUUAUUAAAAGUGCUGUAGCAGUGGAGACACAUUGUAAACCAAUCAUUUUCUCCCACUUUGUGUUUGUCCAAGCUUGAGGAUGAAUGUACCGUCAGUUAUUUAGGUGCAGAACAACAAUCGAGGUCAAUGUACAUAUAAAGGGGCAUCCGUGCGUUUGUAGGGAUUUGAAAUGUUACAUAUAGUAUGUAAGGAUGUUACCAGACAUUUACUAUGCUAACAAUUAUGGUUCAACUUUUGGUUGAAAUAUGGCGUACUACCACAAACAGUGUAAGACUCUGAAAGCUGUGGUAAUCCACCAAACUCUCACUAAAGAAAAAUAGUCUUGAAAGAAACACUGUUUUGGUGCUAUCAUUUAGAUUUUCUUGAUUAUUUGCCUGGCAUUUGUUUAUGACACCAUUUCCUACAUUAUAUGAUUUAUUUAUUUUUAUUUGAAAUAUCCCUUCCUCAGAGAAAAGCUCCCCAAACCAACAUUCACAUCAGAGAAAAGAAUUGUAGCAGCUGUGCGAAAAGAAUGACUGGAUGAUGUUGUAAAUGUAAAGAAGUCCCCUGCCGGGUUUUUCCCCCCCCAGACAAUGGAUAAUUUCUUUUGUGAUGUGUAGAUUUUGGUCCCAGGCUACACACAAUGUACAGAUCUGGAGUGGGUCAAGUUAUGUUUUUGUCAGUUGCGAGCUUCCUUUUAUGUUAGAUUUCAGAUGCAAUCUGAGGUGUAAAUAACAAAUCCACCUCCUCCGCAUUCUUAAAUUCAACACUUUUAAUUACCAGAUGGGGUUUAAAAUGUGUGAUUGGUCCAAAAUUUUAGUAUUCCUGUGCCUUAGGCCAAUGGAAAUGUUUUAAAUAAAAUGGCCUAUCCGAACAGUCAAGUAAUCCGCAAUGAUUUCCAGAUGUAGACUCAUCUUGAUUUCUUUGCCAUAUACAAUCCAAUCAUUAUUGAACUACAACCCCAUGGACAGGUUGUAUCAACUGCUGUUUAAGACUACCUUUUGUAGAUCAACUAAUACAAGCUUUAUUACAGACUAAUGUGUAUUCUUGACUUUGUGUUAUGUCGUGUAGAAAGUGAGAAAUCAUACAUUUCAUUGAAAUGUAGGCAACUAUUUAUUAAUCGUAAUCUUGGGGGAAAAUACUGUAAUAAAUUUCUUUUUCCACAUGUA